AUGUCAAACAAUCAAUGCUCCCAUCCAGUUGUUAUCAACGGAAUUUGCACGACUUGUAGCUCGCAAAUUGAUCAGAAACUAUUAGAUACUAAUUAUGUUCGCGCAGAUCCAAAUAAUUCGAUUGUUAUGAUAUCUUUUGAAGAAGCAAAGCGAAAGAAUCUUGAAGAAGAGCAAAGACUUAUAGAUGCCAAGAAAUUAUCAUUGGUUAUUGAUUUAGACAAAACAUUAAUUGAUACAACAGAAGUUCGGAAUCGAGCUGAGGUAGAUGCCAUCAAAAAAUUAGAUCCUGCAGCAACAGAAGAUGAUUUCUUUGAAUUUAAUAUGAAUCAGAACCUUUUAAUUCGCUACCGUCCUCAUGUUAGGCAAUUUUUAGCAUCUAUCGCUCCAUACUUCGAUAUGCAGAUAUAUACAUUAGCUUCUCCAGCAUAUGCUCAUGCCAUUUUAAGCAAAAUCGAUCCAGAGGAUAAAUUAUUUAAGAAUCGAAUUUUUUCUCGUACAGCUGAAGAUUUUGCCAUGAUCAAAGAAGCAAUGCGUAACCAAACUGAUAUAGUUAAUAAAAAGAAUAUCAAGAAGAUUUUCCCUUAUUCAGACAAAUUAGUCUUAGUUCUUGAUGAUUCUCCUGAAGUAUGGUUCUGUGAUAAUAACAAAUUAUUCAAAGGCCUUGUACAAAUUAAAAGAUACUCUUAUUUCACUAGACAAGGACCAAAUUCUCCUCCAACAGUCAAUCCUGACUAUGUUAAUGAUGAUAUUUUAAUCCAAAUGCGCUCGGUUCUGAUAGAUGUACAUGAUAUGUUCUACAAGAAUUAUGAUCCAGAAGAAUCUCAUGUAAUUAUGACUUUACAUCAGAGAAAAGCACAAGUUUUUGAAGGAAAGACAUUUUAUUUCUCUGGUUUAUCCGAAGAUGACACUAUGACGUUUACUCGUUUAGCUGAAGAAUUUGGAGCAUUAGUUGUUGACUCUUUUACUCCAUAUACGACACAUAUAAUAGUAGGAGAAGGAGGCACAGAUGAUCAGAUCCAAAAAGCAAUGGAAUACAGAGGUGUUUAUAUAAUUUAUUUGAAAUGGCUAUUUGAAUGUUUUAUUCAAUAUGCUCGUAUCGAAGAAUCUUUGUAUUCUAUCCAAGGUAUUCCAUGCCCAACAAAUGGAAAUGAAGAUUUGGAAGAUCAACCCGCUGAAGAUGUUUCUUCCGGAGAUAUGGACUUUGGAUUUGACGAUCCAGAAGAAAAAACAGUUACAACUAACGUUCAGAAGUUAACUUACGAUGAUAUAAAAGAUGAUCCUGAUUGGAUGAAUAAAGUUAUGGCAAUGGAAAUAGAUUCUGAUGAAGAGGAAGAUAAACAAGGAAAUGAUGAUGGUAAUGAGGAAGAAGAGAGCAAAAAAGAAUAA